UGUAGAACAAAUUCCGGGGAAGGAGGCAUGAAAAAAGGGGGUGAGGAAGUGGAAGAGAAGAGGAGGAAGAAGAGGAGAAGGAGAAGAGAGAAGAUAGAAGGGAGGAGAAGAGGAGGAGGAAGGAGACCACCAGAGAGAGCAAAAGCGGGGCGCUGGACGCCGACGCCGACGAAGGGAGGCGAAAGGAGAAUGGAGAAUGACGCACACCCGGCCCUCCCGAUCCCUAGUGUAUGAAAAUCG